GCGGGCAGCGCGGUCUCGGUAUGGGUCCGCGCGCUAGGCCUGCGCGGGCGAUGCCGUCCGGUCCUCCCUGACGCCUGACGCCGAGUGCCGCCGCCCCGAUGGCCGCCGAGCCCCCUGCGCUGCGCCUGCGGCCGCCGGGGAGCGCCGGGGACAGCCCGCCAGUGCCGCGCCUGCUCGGAGGCUGCGUGCCGCUGUCGCAUCAGGUGGCUGGCCACAUGUACGGCAAGGACAAAGUGGGCAUACUCCAACCCCCAGACGGUACCGUUCUGAAACAGCUACAGCCACCGCCGCGGGGCCCCCGAGAGCUGGAAUUUUAUACCAUGGUUUACGCCGCUGACUGUGCCCGAUGCUGUUCUCCUGGAGCUGCGGAAACACCCUGCCAAAUACUAUGGCGUCUGGUCUCCUCCCACCGCACCAAACGAUGUAUACCUAAACUGGAAGACGUGACUCAUAAGUUCAACAAGCCCUGUAUAAUGGAUGUGAAGAUAGGGCGGAAGAUCUAUGACCCCUUUGCCUCCUCAGAGAAAAUCCAGCAGCAGGUCAGCAAGUACCCUCUGAUGGAGGAGAUCGGGUUCCUGGUGCUCGGCAUGAGGGUUUAUCAUGUUCAUUCUGACAGCUACGAGACACAGAACCAGCACUAUGGAAGAAGCUUAACAAAAGAGACGUUAAAGGAAGGUGUCUCCAAGUUUUUCCACAAUGGCUUCUGUUUAAGAAAAGACGCGAUUGCUGCCAGUAUUCAGAAGGUUGAGAAGAUUCUCCAAUGGUUUGAAAAUCAGAAGCAGCUUAACUUUUAUGCAAGCUCAUUACUGUUUGUUUAUGAAGGUUCAUCUCAGCCAGCUACUACAAAAUCCCACGAGAGAACUUUGGCCGGGAAGUUUCUCUCCAAAGGCCACCUGUCAGACGCAGGUGUCUUGGAAUGCAAUAACAACUUUCACCUGUUUAGCUCCCCGGCCAACGGGACAUCAGUAGGCAAAAGUUUAUCCAAGGUGUACGCAAGGCACAGAAAGCUGUACUCCAAAAAGCACCACAGUCAGACUUCACUGAAAGUUGAGACGCUGGAGCAAGACAACGGGUGGAAAAGCAUGUCCCAGGAGCAUCUGAACGGAAAUGUGCUGUCCCAACUGGAAAAAGUGUUCUACCACCUUCCUGCGGGGCGUCAGGAGACGGCAGACGUGGAAGUGCGGAUGAUAGACUUUGCUCACGUGUUCCCUAGCAACACCGUCGAUGAGGGCUAUGUUUACGGUCUGAAGCAUUUGAUUGCUGUCCUGCGGAGUAUUUUAGACAGUUGAGUCUUGCUGUGGUCUGUGAAGGAGUGGCCCGGUCACCGUGGCAAGCCGCAGGCGUUCCCUGUGCACCUGUAAUGCUCUGUAUAAAGUUUGUAUUGUGAGUCAGCGUUCUAUUUGUCUUUAUACUUUUGGUAGAAGGUUAACUUUUUUAUAUUCUUACUCAGGAAUACUAAUUUGUUCAUUAGAAAACUAUGAAGACUAAAGAAACAGGAAUGUCGAGCAGGGAACGUGCGGGACAGGGAGUAGACAGCUGUAACACUCUGGCAAAGUGCAAACCGUUUUGCAGUCAUUCAGAAUUCAUGUCGCUUUGUGUAGCCUGUCACCAAGGAACCUGUCCACCCAACCUUGCCGGUGAGCCGUGUCUAAACUAUGACGCUGUCAGGCCAUCCCCUUAAUCUGGAAGGCACAGGCUCUUUUCAUCAGGACCAGUGUGCCCGAGCUCCCUAAAACUGGAGAACAUUUCACAC